CCUUCGUUCCGGAAUCGCAUUUCGUGGUUUUAAAUGACCUAAAUAGUAUAUGCUCAACUCUCGGAUAGGCUGUCCCUCACCGUCUGCCUUCUGAGCCUUUCCUUUUAAUCCCGCGCCUCGAGCGCCACACCCCCUUUAUCACCAUGGACAUCCAGGAGACCCAGCGGCUCCUUUCGGAGUACCUCCAGGAGCUCGCAAACCUGUUUCACCGGGUCCCCGGCUCAGCGAUCUUCCUGCGAUACGUCAAGUCUAGUUAUCAAGAUGACCCUAUCCGAUCUGCUGUCGAAUUGUUCCUUUUCUUGUUCGCAGUUCGAUACUUGCUCGCCCCGAAGUACUCAACCAAGCCAGGCGUGGUCCAGCUGUCGGAGGACGAAAUCGAUGAUCUUGUGGAUGAAUGGACUCCGGAGCCGCUCGUGGCAAAACCGACUGCCCUGGAGCAGAUGGAGGUUGAUAAGAGGACUGUGAUUGUUGGUCCAGUUGGCCCCAAGUCGAAAUUAGCCAAUGGCCGAACCGUUGCCAACCUCGCCUCCUACAAUUUCUACAACUUCAACACAAACGAGUCCCUCAAAGAAAAAGCCAUCCAGACUCUCCGCAAUUAUGGUGUUGGUCCCUGCGGCCCUCGAGGUUUCUACGGUACUCAAGAUGUCCACAUGAAGACCGAAACCGACGUCGCGUCAUUCCUUGGCACUGCAUCUUGUAUCAUCUACGCGCAGGCCUUUUCCACCAUUUCGAGUGUCAUCCCGGCGUUUUCGAAGCGUGGUGAUAUUAUCGUUGCGGAUAAAGGGGUUAGCUUCGCCAUCCGGAAGGGCAUCCAGAUCUCGCGUAGUAUUGUCCGCUGGUAUGAGCACAACGACAUGGAAGACUUGGAAAGAGUUUUGGCCAAGGUGACGAAGGAACAAGCUCGGAAACCGCUUACGAGGCGAUUCAUCAUCACGGAAGGCAUCUUUGAAUCAUACGGCGACAUGACUGAUUUGCCCAGGAUUAUUGAUUUGAAACUCAAAUACAAAUUCCGUCUCAUCCUAGACGAGUCGUGGUCAUUCGGUGUCCUCGGAAGGACCGGCCGUGGUAUCACAGAACACCAGAAUGUCGACGCGGCAGAAGUCGAUAUGAUCGUGGGCUCGCUGGCCGGCCCAUUGGUCGCAGGAGGUGGUUUCUGUGCAGGCUCCGAGGAGAUCGUCCACCAUCAACGAAUCUCAGCCGCCGCAUACACCUUCUCUGCUGCACUGCCCGCCCUCCUGUCCACCACCGCCAGUGCCACGAUCAAUAUCCUUCAAAACAGCCCCGAAACAAUCUCACAGUUGCGGGAGCAUACGAAGGCCAUGUGGGCCCAGUUGGAUCCUCGGAGUGAGUGGGUGUAUUGCGUCAGUGCACCAGAGAAUCCGAUCUUGAUCUUGGCACUCAAGCCUGAAGUGGUCUCGACCAAACGACUUUCGGUUGAGGAUCAGCAGUUCUUGCUGCAAGAUGUAGUUGACGAGUGCCUUGCGAAUGGUGUCCUCAUUACUCGCCUAAAGACCCUUCAGGACAACUUCGAACCGAAGCAAGUUGUUGCACCGGGAUUGAAGGUGUGCGUAACGACGGGCUUGACGAAGAAAGAAAUCGAAAAAGCCGGCACCACAAUCCGUCAUGCAAUUACGAAGGUUCUGAGCAAAAAGAAAUAAUUCAUUGCAAUCGUCUGUCCAAGACUCUGCCCAUGAAUAUUGAUGCAUCCAUGACUUGUUCUCAUCACCCUAAUUACCUUCUUCUCCUUUGCAAGGUCUCUUUCCUGCGCUCUUUAUUUGUACAGCAAAAUCUUUGGUGGAUCCCUUAUUGUUGCAUGCUUGAUCCCCGAUUGUGCAUAUAUAAGUCUGGCUUAUUGGUGUUGGAACCUGCUGAAAGGCAGAAAUAAUUGUUUUCUCUUCCAUGUAUUUCUUAUUAAUAUACUGUCGCAGAU